GAGGUGAGAAAAAAGAAUAAAAAAGGGGGAAUGCCUCAAUGACCUCUCGACUCCUCUCAUCCUUUGUCAGUAGAUAAACCUCACGUUUGAAAACCUAGAAAUCGCUACCACCAUCUACAGUUCUUCGCUAUCUUCCUCACACCGUCCCGCUCUCCUCUCCUUUGCGACACUUUCUCUCUCCUCAGUUCUCCCCAAAUACCGUUGCGUUUCCUCUAACAUAGUAGUAAGAAUGGCAGAUGCAGAGCAAAGUUUUGUUGAGAACGAGGAGCAGAAUUUUGCUGUGCAGGAGCCUGACCUGCAUCAUGUUGGUAUUGAUGAGUUUGAACAGCAAAUUAUUGCCGGGAAUGUGACUGAAGAGUUUGAACAGCAAAUUAUUGCUGGGAAUGUGACUGAAGAGUACAAUUUUGCCGGGGAUGAGUCUGAGAACCAAGCCUUGGCUGUAAACGAGCAAAGUUUUGCUGAGAAUGAGCCUGAAAAUAAUUUCGGGGUUAUUCCUGAGCAGAAUUUUACAGAAAAUGAGAAUGAGCAUACUUUAGAUGAAGACCAGGCUAUUCACGAGUUAGAUGGGGACCAACUGAAAGGAGAAUUCCCUGAUACUGAAGUUAAUGAAACGGGUGAUGUUCCAGUUGAUUCUCAUUUUGAAAAGAAGGAUGAAAAUGAAAAUAACGUGGCAGGUGGUGGAGUAGAAAAGAAAUGGCCUGGGUGGCCUGGGGAGAGUGUUUUUAGGAUGUUGGUACCUGCUCAAAAGGUUGGCAAUAUCAUUGGACGGAAAGGAGAGUAUAUCAAGAAAAUUGUAGAGGAGACCAGGGCGCGUAUCAAGAUUUUGGAUGGCCCUCCUGGAUCACAAGAGAGAGCUGUAAUGGUCUCAGCAAAGGAGGAUCCUGAUGCUUCACUUCCUCCAGCGAUGGAUGGCCUUUUGAGGGUUCAUAGACGUAUUGUCGACGGCCUGGAUGCUGAUAUUUCUCAGGCCCAAGCUACUCCUGCAGGGGGCAAGGUUUCGACAAGGUUGUUAGUACCUGCCACUCAGGCUGGCAGUUUGAUUGGAAAGCAGGGAGCCACUGUUAAGUCAAUCCAGGAAACCGCAAAUUGUAUUGUCAGGGUUCUUGGACAAGAGGACCUUCCUGUUUUUGCUCUGCAAGACGACCGAGUUGUUGAAGUAGUUGGGGAAGCAGUUGAUGUGCACAGAGCCAUUGAACUGAUUGGAACACAUCUGAGGAAGUUUUUGGUUGAUCGUAGUAUAAUACCUGUUUUUGAAAAGCAGAUGCAAGCCUCAAGUGCUCCGAUGGAGCAUAUGCCACCCCAGCCGUGGGGUCCCCCUCAUGGUCUUCCACCAAGUGGAGGCGGUGGACAUGGUGGUUAUUCUGGUAUGCAAUACAUGCCACCACCACGACAACUUGACAAUUAUUAUCCACCAGCAGAAAUGGCACCUCCUCCUGAUAGGCAGCCUCACCAAGGAAUAUCAGCUUAUGGAAGAGAACCUCAAAUGGGUAUCCAUGCGUCAUCUAAUGCUCAAUCCACACCAUCUAUGAUCACACAGAUCACGCAGCACAUGCAGGUCCCUUUAUUAUAUGCAGAUGCUGUGAUCGGUACCAACGGUUCCACUAUAAGCUACAUUCGACGUGCCAGUGGAGCUACUAUCACCAUACAAGAGACAAGGGGUGUUCCUGGUGAAAUGACAGUGGAGAUAAAUGGAACCGCAUCGCAAGUUCAAGCAGCUCAGCAGCUUAUACAGAAUUUCAUGGCAGAGGCAGCGGCAGCCCAAGCACCAACCCAGACAGGUGGUGCAACUGAUCAGGGUUACAGCCAAGGUUAUAACUCAUAUGCAGCUCCUACAUCAGUGUAUGGAUCUACACCGGCUAGUGCUGGACAUGCAAGCCAACCUGGAGCUUAUGGAUCAGUAUAUGGUGGAAAUUAUGGCUAUUAGAUUGGUCACUUCACCUUGUUCUUUUAGAUUUAGCUUGUCACAGAAUAAUUUUAGUAGAAAAGGCUGUAUUACUAUGGUAGAAUCCAAUUAUAACUAAAAACUUGUUUUGACUGCUUUAGUUAACCUUUGCUUGAAUUGCUUCUGGGACAUCAGCUGUACUGACUUGUAAUUCAGGUUUUUGUGUGAAAGUAUGGACUUCAGUCGUACUCGGCCAUUCUGUUUA